AUGACCGCCUUCAACUCUCACUUUGUCUUUGGCACCACCGCCGCCUUCUCCCACGUCCCGCCCGUCAUCUCCCUCGCCCUUGCCCUCCUCGCAGCUACCCCGGACCUCGUCAUCUCCAUCCUCCUCCACAAGAACAACGAAGAAAACUCGCUCGGCAUCAUCGAGGGCACGCCCCAAGAUGUCGUCUCCAGGCUCAAACUGGUCCCCAUUGGAGAGAAGACCGAAUGGAACUCGGUGGCUGUGAGCUAUAUCCAGAUGAUGGAGCUCUCUGGCGGAGAAUAUGCCAAGAUCCUUGCGGCGAGUCUCACCAUAACAGACUGCGCCCCCUGGCCCACGCCUACCGUCUUCAUCGGCGACUACACCAGUUUCUUCUUUAUUCCCGUCAAGACCAAGGUCGAAGAGAACUUUCCUCACCUCAAGCCAGCCAAAUUCAUUGGGUACAACCCUCAGAUGGCUGCCGAAGCUGUCUUGUGCGAUGGUGCCGAGGAACACGGCUCCCUUCGUUGGGUUGACAAGGCUUUGGCCGAAUUUGACCCUGAGGCUGUGGUCUCGCUACAAGCCAACCAGCUCUUGAAUGGCAAAACCAAGUCCGGGGACGACAAGAUCAUGCCUCCUGAGGAGCAAGCUGCCCGAAUGGCCAAGGCUUACCGAGCGUGCGUGACCGAGUCGAAGCAUGUCGUCAAGAUCCCUGGUUGGACCCCUUUCCACGUCUCCGAGCUUUGGAGUCUCAACAUUGACUGGACCAAGAUGAACGAGCGUGCCUGGUUCCAAUAUCUUUCCGGGCGCCAAGCAUUGGUGCAAGUGCCCGAAGCCUGGAUAUCCUGCUUCCCUUCUUCCGUUUUUGAGCCGGAGACUAUUGCGGCGGCCAGGAAGGACGAGUACAUCACCAAUGGAGGUAAGAAGUCGUACUUUGAGGUGGGGUGGUUCGAGAGGAAGCCCAAGGCGAACUGGGGUGAGGGCGUAAAGGAGUUCCUGGACAAGUACGAGGCAAAAUCGGUGGUGUAUAUCAGCUUUGGCACAGUCGUCAAUGCUGGAUUCGGUCUCCCCGUCAUCUUUGACUAUCUCGAACAGACCAAGACCCCCUACAUUUACGCCUGCGGCAACCAGUACGACUCUCUUCCCCAGCACGUCAAGGACACUCUUGCCAAAUCUCAGGCCGAAGGAUUCUGCAUCGCUCCCAACUGGGUAGACCAAGUCGGCAUUCUCAGCCACAAAUCUGUCAAGGCCUUUGUCUCUCAUUGCGGUGUAAACUCGACCUUGGAGGGUGUCUUGGCUGGUGUUCCUAUCGUCAGCUGGGGUCGACGAGGUGAUCAAGUCUUGCUCGCUUCCAUCAUCCACCACAAGGGUCUCGGUGUCGAGCUUCUCCAGCACCGCGAAGGUUCUACGAUCGGCCAUGCGACCGCCCACCGCCCCGAAGUCACCGUCACCGGCAAGCCCGAAGACCUAAAGGCUGAGCUCGCUGCCGCGUUCGAAAAGAUUGGCGGGCCGGAGGGCGACAAGAUGCGAGAGAAGGCGAACGCGUUGGCUACUCAGAUCAGGGCAAAGAGGACUGGGGAAUGGGAGGAGACCAUCAAGCUUUUCGGCCAAUUUGGUAGGGAAUAG